GGGGGCCUUAUAAGCAGAGCUGAGAAGCAACAGCCACCAUUGCUGGAAGGACAAAAAGAGGGUGUGAAGCAAAGAGAAGGUGCCAGGUCCCUAUAGCAUAAAAAAGUGCCAAGAAGCUCUGCAACGGGACCGGACACGCUCAGCAGGACCAGAUAAAGCAUUUGCUCUUCCAAGCAGCGAUCCUGCAAGCCGCCCUCCGACGUGGAGAUGGAGUACGAGAGGUGUUCCUGCCACCACGAAGAGAACCAGAACGCCAUCCUCUACACCCUCCUGAGCCAGAACCUGAGCCAUCACAGGGGCAGCCACAGCCCUUCCCAGAAGCGUUGCUUGUGCCAGAAGCGCCGCACCGUCUGCCUCCAGACCCCUCAAGCCACCUGCCAAGCCGCGUCUGAUGUCUUGGUGAAGACCAUCAGCUUCAUGAAGAACUUGCCUUCCUUCCAGCUCCUGCCUUGGAAAGACCAGCUCCUGCUGCUGGACAGCUGCUGGGCUCCCCUCUUCCUUCUGGGCUUGGUCCAGGAGAUGGUGACCUUUGAGGUGAUGGAGACCCCAGCCCCCAGCAUGCUGGAGAGGAUCCUCCUCGACGGCCCGUGUAAGAGGCAGGAGCUGCAGAGGGCGCAGCCCACCCUGGCCAGCGUUCAGCGUCUCCAGUGCAGCCUGAACUCUUUCUGGAGCCUGGACCUGAGCCCUAAAGAGUACGCCUAUCUGAAGGGCGCAAUUCUAUUCAACCCCGGUAAGUGCUGCUGGACCCUCACAUAGCAAAGGAGCCCUUCAUAAAGGCCAUUGCUUUUCAUUGACAGUAGAAUAAAAGGGCCAGAAUCAUAACAGUGCAUGUUAGGGAUGUGUUUUCCAUAGACUGCAUUCUGAGUCAAGAACUUUGAAUCCAUUUCAUCAGAUGCAUUUUUAGCCAAUUAUCUGAUAGGGGUAAAAAAAUGAUUCUUGUUAAAGCUUUAAUAAAAGUUACAAAUACCAAAAAACAAUGAAGUAAAAUAUGUCAUAAAAAAAGUCAUAAGUGCAAAGAGAAUGAAAAUACAAGGUGGGGAAAGAAAGCUAAAGAAAGAAUGGAUUGUGUAAAAUAUUCCAUGGUGGGAUACAGAUUCGUAUUUACACAAAGCAUAUAAAGCAUCGCCAAAUAAAAUUAUAUUUAGUAAGAAUGUACCAACCAUGAGAUUCUUUGGACAUAUAAAUCACAAACAACCACCAAACAGAUGCAAAGUCUGUGGGUUCUGCAUCACCCCUGGUGGUGUGUUUCUUACGGGUCUGUUUUUCAGAGAUGGAAAUAGACAUGACUUUUUUGAGGCAUGAGUCCAAACAGUAGCAAGAUGCAUCCUCCCAUCCUUAAGAAAUUAAUGAGUGACAGUAAAUAUAAAAAUUGUUUACAAAUAAGAUCAGUAUUGGCAUAAUCAAAAAUACAUUAAAAAUAGAUUUUAAAAAUAUUUCCGAAACAAGAAGCAUCCUAUGUACUAGUAGCAAACUCUUUUCCGCAAGUGUGGGCCCUUGCGCAGUCAAAACAGAACCACCUGCUCACCAGAGGUUAGCGAUUAACGGACUUUGGAGAACCCUAAACUACAGAAGUAAACAAACCCAGAGGGAGACAGGCUCAAGUGGGACCCUGAAAUGUUCAAGUGGGAAGUAAUUAUGCUCAGUGAACACAGAGCCCUGACUGACAGAGGGCAUGGGAGAACUGGCCAUGAAGCUCACUGGGUGACCUUGGGCCAGUCACUGCCUCUCAGUCUAACCUACCUUACAGGGUUAUUGUGGGGGAUUAAAUGAAGAGGGGAAGAACCAUGUGUGCUAACUUGAGCUCCUUGGAGAAAAAGGUGGGAUAUAAAUGAAAUAAAUAAUAGAAUUGGGGUUGGUUGGUUGGUUUUUAAGAGUCCAUGGCUGGUGGGAACCCAUGCUGCAGCAUUUGGUUGCAUGUCCCACUUGUUCUUCCUUUAGGUGAUAAUAUCCAUGCAUCAAAAGAAGCAUAAUCUUAAAGGAGAACUUCUUCCAUCUAUGAGAGAAGGGAGGCUGCUUCAUUUAAGAUGGUGCUUGCAAAAUGCAAUCUUCACGCAUGCCUGUUUCUGGUGGCUUUUUGAAAACAAAAUCUUUUGGUUAAUUAAAUGGAUCCACCUUUUUAGUUGAUCCUAACUUUCUUUUUAUCAAGGAACCAGUGCAACCUUAGGUUUUCAUGCUAGAAAUGAACAGGUAGUUCAUAGUCUAAGCAAGAGGAUUUUCCUAGGGUCUGGAUGAAUCCUCACUGGCAAAAGAUUAUCACACACCUUUCUGCUACAAAGUGGUGGAGAGCUCCAGGCUGGUUUUGCUGAGUUGGUUUCCUUUGAAGAGGAGAGCAGUGGAUACACAGAGUGCUUGUUUUUAAAAUCCUGUUGUUUACCGAUGUACAAUUGCGCAGUCACAGGCAUGGGGGAGGGAGUGGGAAAAUCACACAGUGGGCUUGUAUCCAACUAUGCCAUAGAGCACGCCUGUUGGAAUAAAUGGAUUUAAGUUAAACGUGUCUAUUGAUUUCAAUGCUCCUCCUCUGAGUAUGAGGUAAGAUGAAACUAGAUUGUACCCAAUUUACCUGCUUCAAGAACCUGGGGUUGAAGCCAACUAAGUUUUGCUCAGAGAGAAAAAAAAUUGCCCAGAGUAGAUUCACUGAAAUUAAUGGUGUUAAGUUUGCCAUGCGCAUUAAUGUCAGUAAAUGCUAUAAGUAUGCCAAACACUGGAUAUUGCAUUGACAUCCUGUCCUUCCUUUAGAAAGUUUAGGGUUGUAUAUAUGGUUCUUCCCACCUUAUUCUCACAACAACCCUGUGAGGUAGAUUGGAUAGUGACUGACUGGUCCCAGAUCACCCAGUGAGCUUCAGAGAUGAGAGGUGUUUUGAACCCUAGUCUCCCAGGUUCUAAUCUGGCAUUUUAACCACUGCUGCUUGGCUUAGGACACAGGGUUGUGCCCAUGAAGUUUUACUGGACCAAAUUACCCUGCCCCAGUGUGGUUUUUAAAAAAUUAAGGGUGACAAUUUGUUGCUUCUUAAGAGUGCCUGAAUUCUGUUUCUUGAAAUGGCUGGCACACAUUCCCCAUUCCUGCUCUAAACACUAUGGCACAGCACUUCAUUUUUUUCUCCAAAAAAUGAUAGCUAGGCUUGUAGCCUUCAUGAAACCCUCCACUCUAAGCUCCUGAGUUACUGACAAAUGGUAGAGAUUAGGUUCUGAGUUUCAAGGUAGAGAAAGCAUUCUAGAGAAUGUUGAUUCUGGAUUGGCUUGGUGGCGAAAACAAGAGCCCCGUCAGCCAGCAGCAAUGUUCUGAUGAAAUCAUCCAAGUGAGUCCACUUGAAUGCCCUUUGUUUCUUCGGCAUUCCCCCCCCCCCGCCCUGUUUCCAGGGCCCAAUGCAGUGUAUCACAACACUUUAAUCAGUCAUAGCUUCCCCCAAAGAAUCCUGGGAAGUGUAGUUUGUUGAGGGUGCUGAGUGUUGUUAGGAGACCCCUAAUCCCCUCACAGAGCUACAGAGUGGUUUAACAGUCAAUCCUUCUUCCCAGGGAACUCUGGGAAUUUUAGCUCUGUGAGGGGAAGUAGUGAUUUCCAAAUUCCCAUCACCCUUAACUACAGCUACCAGGAUUCACGGAGAGAAGGCAUGGUUGUUUAAAGGUGGUGUGAUGCUGCUUCAAAUGUGUAGUGCAGACGGGGCCCAGUAUUGAUGUGUUCAAAUCAUUUGACAUUUUCACAGAGCCUGUGAAUAAUCUGAUUUUCCUCUUCUCUCUCCUCUCUCUCUGCUCCCAGACGUGCCUGGUCUUAAGGCUUCCUCGUACAUCGAGAGCCUUCAGCGAGAAGCUCAGCGAGCACUCCAAGAAGUCAUGACCUUUCUCCACCCAGAGGACCAAGGCCGCUUUGCCCAUGUCCUGCUGAUCUCCUCCUCCCUGAAAUCCAUCCCUCCUGCCCUCCUCACUGCCCUUUUCUUCCAACCGGUCAUUGGGAAUGCAGACAUUCUGGAGCUACUGACAGAAAUGAUGCUGGCGAGAGAGCUCCCUUGGCCACAGUGACUCCAGUGGGGUUGGCUCCCAGGUCACCCACCACAUGCUCAGCUUUGCUCCAGUUUCCAAGUGGCGGUGUGCAGUUCAUCUGGAUCGUGCAGUGGGAGAGAGAGCCUGCCUCCUAGUGAUGACUUUUCAGACAAAGGGGCUACUGGAUGGCAGAUCUUAGAAUACAAAGGGACGUACAGCCUUCCAUUAGGGAGUGAGGCAGCCAUCUCAGGCAACAAGUGGGAGGUGGGGACACAGUAAAGAACUAUAGUGCUUUGUGAGCCCUUCAGGCUAUCCUGUGCCCCUAAACUAGCUUGUCCCAUCACCAGUGCUGAAAUAAGAUUCAGCUGCUAAUCAAAUGAGCUGCUUUGUGUGGAAAGGUGGUGGGCAAGCAUUUUGUCCUUCAUCUACAGCAGGAAAAUGUGUUGAUCUGUUCCUGAUUACAGUCAGUGGUGCGGUUCAGGAAUGUUAGUCUGUGGGCUCCAAUGGUUUUACAUGAGGCAGCCCCCUCUCUGCUUUAGAUUGUAUUAUGUAUUAAAUCACUUACUUAAGAAUAUGAUGAGCCAGUCCUGCUGUGUUUGGGAGGAGGAGCACCAGCCCAAUCUGUUGAGUGGAGUCCUAGUCCACUGCCUGCAAGGUCCUGGCCUGAUCAUACUACCACUUGGGAGCUGCUGUUCCUGUAACCAAAGUAUUUAGUUGGAACAUAGUUUCUGUGACUGGUGGCUCUGUCUAUUUCUCUUCACCCUUUGCUUGCCAUGACAUUCAGAACAGCUUUCAGAAACCGUAAUUCCUCUUGCCUGCUAUUCAUCACACUAUCCAUAUAAAAGCUGCCCUCCCUGAUUUCGCUAGACUCCAGCCUACGCUCACAUGUAGUGCCCAUUUGCUCCAGUUUGUAGUACAUGGGAUGAGACCAUCUUGGCAUAAACUUUGGGUGUCAGUAUUUUGUAGAUGGAUGCUUUCUUGUAAUUUGUGUGUAAAAAUAAGAUGUGCUAAGUUAUUAUUUUUUUAAAAAAACAACACCUCAACAAUGAAUAAAAUGUUUUUGGAGUUUGGACAAUUACUGGUGUCAUUUUGAAGACUGGAGGGAUUUUGGCUGAUCAAUAGUUUAACACCAAGGGAUAAUAAAGAUAUUGUAUCCAAA